AGGCAGAGUGCGAGGUCGAUCAAAUCUGCAUGCAGCGGCAUCUGCAACCGUAUUGCCGGUACACGGUUAGCCGCCGGCGGAUUUGCGUGCGUGCGCAUGCAGUUCUGUUUUGGGCUCCACGAUCCUAUCUCCCACAUGCCACAAAGGCGAAACCGAACGCGGAAAAGGACGCGCCGGCCACCACCCGUCCUGAGCUCCUGAUCGAGACCCCCGGCCGUCACAUCCGUCGGCCGAUCAAACCUUGCCGAACUAACCCUGUUUGCGCCGCUAUAAAACCUCCAGGAAACCCGCCACGUUCCUCGCCGGCCUGUGUAGUACAGCUACAGCUAGCACCGCGUCGUACCCGCAUACCACCGAACCAAGAACCAGACCUCUCGACCCCACCGCGAGCAUGCGCUUCGCGUGCACGGCGGCACCACUCUGCUACCACCUCCGCUCUUCUUCUUCCUCCUCUCGGACCACGCCGUCUCUUCGUCUUCUUCAUCUCGGAUUCUACGAGCUAGCUAGCGUGAUUCACUGAUCUCUAGCUGGAGAUGGGUAUAGGCAAGGAGCCCGGAGCUGUCGCGGCGUGCGGGGCGGUGGCGUUCUCCUGGGAGCAGGAGCCGGGGGUGUCCAAGGAGAGCCCGGCGGCCGAGACGACGAAGCUGCCCUCCGGCGGAAGGAGUACUACGCCGGAGAGCACCAAGAAGGCGGAGGCACGGACGCACCAGCUGCGCGUGCCGCCUCCGCCGGGAGGUCCCGGAGCGCCGUCCCUGUCGCCGCCGGUGAAGGCGGCGAGGAGCAGGUCCAGCCGACGGGGCGUCCGGCCGGAGGAGGACCCGUUCCUCGCGGCCUACGUCGCCUGCACGGCCAGCGGCAGGAAGACCGGCAGGGGGCACACCGAGGCCCAGAAGAUGCUCGGGUGGGCCGGGCUUAGGUUCGCUCUUGGGCUCGGCCUCUCUUGCAAGACCUCUUGUGGUGUUGCAGAGGAGAGCGUCGUCAGGCUGACCAAAAACCCCUGAAAUGGAUGAUCAUCAGAUUGACCAUUUCCGGUGUUUUUUGUAUUAUACGAUUUUCUUUGCCAUUUUGUACUACUGCUGAUGUCCCGUGGUGCAGAUCAUAUUCGUUACUGGGUGAGAAGUAGUGCCAAACAAA